AUGGACACGUCAGAGCCGGGCAGCGCGGCCGAGGAGGACGAGGAGAAGGCGCCCGAGCCGCGGCCCCGCACGCGCUCCAACCCCGAGGGCGCCGAGGACCGGGCACUGAGCGCCCAGGCCAGCGUGGGCAACCGCAGCGAGGGCGAGGGUGAGGCUGCCAGUGCUGACCACAGCCCCCAGGGCACCGAUGGCACCGCCUGGCCUGGCCCCGCCGCCCCCACCGAGGUCCAGGUGAAGACCCCCCGCGUGAACUGCCCCGAGAAGGUGAUCAUCUGCCUGGACCUGGCCGAGGAGAUGGCAGUGCCCAAACUGGAGUCCUUCAACGGGUCCAAAACCAACGCGCUGAACAUCUCCCAGAAGAUGAUCGAGAUGUUCGUGAGGACGAAGCACAAGAUCGACAAGUGCCACGAGUUCGCGCUGGUGGUGGUGAACAACGACGCCACGUGGCUCUCAGGGUUCACCUCGGACCCCCGUGAGGUUUGCAGCUGCCUCUACGACCUGGAGACCGUCGUCUGCAAGUCCUUCAAUCUGGAAGGACUCUUCAACCUGAUCCAGCAGAAGAUCGAGCUGCCGGUGACAGAGAACGUGCAGACCAUCCCCCCGCCCUACGUGGUCCGGACCAUCCUGGUGUUCGGCCGGCCCGGGUGCCAGCCCCAGUUCUCCAUGUCCGAGCACAUGAAGAAGAUGCUGCAGUGCCCCUACUUCUUCUUCGACGUGGUUUACAUCCACAACGGCCUGGAGGAGAAGGAGGAGGAGACCAGCUGGAAGGAGAUGUACGGCUUCUUCAGCAGCCUGGACACCAAGGGCACCAACUACAAGUACGAGGUGCCGCUGACGGGGCCGGCGGUGGAGCUGCACAACUGCAUGGCCAAGCUGCUGGCACACCCCCUGCAGCGCCCCUUCCAGAGCCACGCGGCCUACGGGCUGCUCGAGGAGGACGAGCCCCCCGAGGUCGAGGCCACCGUCUGAGCCCCGGGGGGGAAGGAGGGAGGUGUCUGGGGAGGGGGAGUCGUGGCAGCUCCUGCGGGGUUUUGU